UAGAUAAUUUCUUGUGUUAUUUAUAUGUGACCUUAUUUACCAGGCAAUGAGCAAAAAAAGUGACUGACACUGAAGGAAAGGUUUGCAGUUUAGGAUGUAAUUAGGCAUUACAUUUAGAAUGAUUAUUGACAGUAUUACAGUAUUGAUGUCUGUGUAGGUUCUCAUUCAUCCAGGAUAUUACAGUAUUGUUUACAAGUUUUAGGUUAUAUGUGCUGCUAGGUAUGUCUAAUGUCCUUGCUCAGAUAGAUGGAUGGGUUUUAUACGUGAAUAAAGAAAUAAUUUGCUUUGCAACUGUCCUUUGGGCUACAAAUUGUACAAAAAGUAUAACCCUUAUAACUGAGAACAAAUAAUUUUGAAGCAUUAACAUUUCAAUCACAAUAAAUGUCACGUAAUCACUUUUUGGCAAGUGAAAAAUAAUGAAUGUGAGCUGAAUGGUCCUUACAACUAGUAGAAGCAACUACAGCAGUGACUAACGAUAAUACAGGAAACAUAUCAGGCAGAAUAGUGCAGAUGCAUCUGGAUAACUGCACCCACGGAUGGAAAUCAGGCUCUUACACACGAUCACUUUGUGGCUCAACAGGGUCUUCCGGGGAGCUCAUGACCACUUUUUUUGGAAGGGGGCACACCGGUUAUAAACAACCAACUGUCAACCAGCAGCAAAAAGCUAGCAUCAUCAGGUUACUGUUUGGACGUCGUCAGAUAAUAACUUUUCAAAGCAGACUGGGAAACACUUUGGACCCUUUUACAGCAGCAGUUUUAUGACUUCCAGUAGAAAUGUUGCCUAAUUUGGAUCAGUUGUGGUUUACAAUAACCAUUUAGUAGUUAAUGUGUACCAUCACAAAGAUUUCACUGCGAAGAUUAUGUCCUGGUGAGGCCAAAGUCUUAAGUUUGGACAUGAAGUAACCAUCUUGACACUGCUUCUAAGACAACCAACCUUCACAUCUCUGACACUGCAUACCUCUCAGCUGACUCUGGAUGGAAGAUGGCAGCAAAUAUAACGAUCACUUCAAGGACUCAGGCUAAAUCCACAAUUACCCAGAAGCAGUCUAGAGCCUUAGAGAGAACCGAUAUUUCCAGCUCUGUACCGUGGAAUAAACCAGCCCUCAGUGAAAUUAAGAUCAAGGAUUCAGAAAAAUCCUCACACAGCUGUCAGCCGUGGAGAAAAACAUCCUCAUCAAAGCGUGAUCUAAAGCCUGUUCAGACUCUGACAGAAUGCCUGGAACUUCUACAGAAACUAUCAGAGGAAGUGAACAACAUCAGCCAGAUGAAGGCUGGCAGGAUGAAGGCUGCACCAGAGGGGAGCACAAAAGAGCCGGAUAGCCUGGAGAGUGGAAGAAAACUGAUCCUCCACUGGGCCAAGGAGCUGGAACAAAUCACCGUAAAAACGAAACAAAAGUCGACAGAUGAGUGGGCAAGAAGAAGAGAUGAUUCAGGAGAGAAAGAGAAAAAAGAGCUGGAAAAACACAAUGAGAGGCUUCAAAAAUGGGCUGUGGAGCUGAAGAAUAUCAAAGAGGCUAACGGUGUGUCUGAUGAGGAGCUGAAGAAGCUGCUGUAUCCCAAAGGAUGGAAAGAGUCAAGAAUGACAGCGAUCCUUCCCUUUCUGGAGUUUGUGGCCUGGUCUUUGCUAUCACAGGACACUGAGGAGGCUGUAUCGAAGUUGUGGCUGCCAACCAAACAAAAGAAAGGAAGUGGAAGGCCCAUAUACAUUCCUGACUCAGUGUGGCAGUGGAUUCGCAGUGCUUCAGUGUCUGUUCAUUUGGAUGCCACUUCCAAACACUCCUCGCUGGUGGUGUCACCAGACCGACUGCAGGUCCAGGAGGCAGUGCUCCCCACCGCUCCGUCACACAGCAGCCAGCGCUUUGCUGAGUGGCCCACUGUGCUGGGAGACAUCAUGAUCAGUGCAGGGAGGCACUACUGGGAGGUCGAGGUGUCCCCCAGUGGCAACUGGAGAGUAGGAGUGAUGUCAGAGCUUGCUUCCACUAGACAGAAAUCCAUGACACCAAAAGAAGGAUACUGGGUCCUGUGGAAAGGCCCCAGUUUGUGGGCCUGUACUGACAAGGCCAUUAAGCUGGAGAAGGUGGCUCUGCCCCGACACAUUGGGGUGUAUGUGGACGUCAGGGAGGGCCAGGUGUCUUUUUAUGACGUAGAGCGAAGGGUCCACAUCUACACCUUCUCUGAUACCUUCAGACACAGUCUCAUCCCUCUGUUUGGCUGUCUGGAUGGAGACACAGUCCUUAAAAUCAAACCAGCAGAGAUGUUAAGCAAACACUGAAGGGAUGAGGCUUUGUGCAUUAAUCAUUGAUGAAAGCAUCUUGUCUGAAAUCAGAGCCUCCUUUAAGAUCCCGGUAUUUUGGGAAAAACAUAUCCUAGAAAUUACAUGAACAAGAUCAGACACACUGGCCAACACAAGUAUGGAUUAUUUGAAAAAAAAGUGAGGUCCAAAUUGUUUAGUAAUGAGUGUAACACUGAAGAGCCCGAGCAAGAAUAUCUCUGAGUCUGUUAUCAAAGACAUAACCAACAUUAUUAUGUUUUGAAGCAACAGACAAGUGCUUUUACUAGUAGUAGCUCCUGCAAAUGUUAACACCAGAAAAUGUUACAAAAAAAAUAGGUGAAGCUGUGUUGCAGUUUCUGCUGGUUUGAUAAAGAUCUUGUCCUUUUUAUUUCUUCUUUUAUCGUCACAAAAGUCUUUUGUUUGAUUUGUUAGCAGGAUCUCAUGGUGUCGUCAUACAGCACAUUUAUAACAACAGCAAAUGAGUGCUUUCCAGUAGAGAAAUAAGUAUGUUAAGGAUUUAUCUAACAAGUUUAAAUGAGUCCACAGUAUUAUUAGUUAUAUAAAAGUUACUGACUAAUUCAAACAUUAAGCUAAAGCCCAUAAAAUAUGCUGUAUAUAAAACAGUGACCAACUUAAUGGUUCAGGCUAAGAGCUGACAAUAUUAAACACAGAAAACUCAACAAAUUCAAGAGUCCUCCAUUAACUAGCUCCAAUUAACUUUAUUUUCAUUACACAGCUAAUGAAAAUACACAUACAUACACAGAGUCCAAGUAUAAAGACAAAAGCAGUUCAGCUCAUAACUGUAAGUGCAAAAGAAGCAGUAAAAUGCAUUUUGAGUGGUUUGGGUGUCUAUAGUAUGACAUGGCAUUAACAGUACUAAGUUGUGUGAUCACAUUAAGCAUGUAAAUGGAAAAAACUGUAACAAUAAAUUAACAGUGUAAGAUA